CCGCGGGUAGACGGUAAGCAGGCGGCUGGAAACGGUGGCACCGAGCGUGAGCUGAAGGCCCGGCCCGCCCCGCCCCGCCCCACACCGUGACGAAGCCGUGGAGGGACUGGUGGCCAAGCGCGUAGUUUGCUUGGAGCUAAUUCCACAAACAUGCUUGGCCCAGCCGGGCCUUGGACCCCCUUUUAAACACGGUGGUUUGACUGGUUAUAGCUGAAGGCGACUGAAAUGGCUGCCACCUCAUGAAGUUGGUCUUGCUCAGUUUUGGGAGUGAAUGGACGGCGGUGGCAGCUGGUAGACUGGAUCUCUGCCAUGGCACACCAGAAGCUCUAAUAAUCCUAAUUCUGCAAGCGAAUCUGUAGGCUACUUAAUUGCUAUUUCCUGGAAUAACAAGUGGAAAGGUGCAACAUGGCUCCUCGGGACAUAAUGACCAACUCGCAUGCCAAGUCCAUUCUCAACACAAUGAACUCCUUGAGGAAGAGUAACACCCUGUGCGAUGUCACACUGCGAGUUGACAGCAAGGACUUUCCUGCGCAUCGUAUAGUGCUGGCAGCGUGCAGUGAUUACUUCUGCGCCAUGUUCACCAGUGAGCUCUCGGAGAAGAGUAAACCUGACGUUGAUAUCCAGGGUCUGACGGCCUCCACCAUGGAGAUUCUACUGGACUUUGUGUAUACAGAAACGGUUCACGUCACUGUGGAGAAUGUUCAAGAGCUGCUACCCGCAGCCUGCCUCCUCCAACUGAAAGGUGUGAAGCAGGCUUGCUGUGAAUUCUUGGAGAGUCAGUUAGACCCAUACAACUGCUUGGGAAUCCAAGAGUUUGCCGAAACUCAUAACUGUGUGGAUCUGAUGCAAGCGGCAGAGGUUUUCAGUCAGAAGAACUUUCCCGAAGUGGUCCAACAUGAGGAAUUCAUGCUGCUAAAUAAGGAGGAAGUGGAAAAACUCAUUAGGUGUGAUGAGAUUCAGGUGGAUUCGGAAGAACCUGUGUUUGAAGCAGUAUUAAACUGGGUAAAAUACUCUGAGAAAGAACGAGAUGAAUUCCUACCAGAUCUGCUGCAAUAUGUGCGGAUGCCACUGCUCACACCAAGAUAUAUCACAGAUAUUAUUGAUGCCGAGCCCUUGGUUCGAUGCAGCCUACAAUGUCGAGAUCUGGUGGACGAAGCCAAGAAAUUUCACCUGAGACCAGAAAUUCGAACGCAAAUGCAAAGCCCCCGAACCAGACCGAGAUUGGGAGCCAAUGAAGUACUAUUAGUGAUCGGAGGGUUUGGAAGCCAGCAGACUCCCAUUGACGUAGUGGAGAAAUACAAUCCCAAGUCUCAAGAGUGGAGUUUUCUGUCUAGCAUCACGCGGAAACGCAGGUAUGUGGCCACGGUGUCGCUCAGCGAUCGAAUAUAUGUGAUCGGCGGAUACGAUGGUCGAUCUCGCCUGAGCUCGGUUGAAUGUCUGGACUACACAUCUGAUGAAGACGGUGUCUGGUACUCAGUUGCUCCUAUGAACGUGCGCCGAGGUCUAGCAGGAGCAACAACUCAUGGAGAUAUGAUCUACGUGGCAGGUGGCUUUGAUGGGAGCAGGCGACAUACGAGUAUGGAGAGGUACGACCCAAACAUUGAUCUGUGGAGCAUGCAGGGGGACAUGCAGACGGCAAGAGAAGGGGCUGGUCUUGUUGUGGCCAAUGGAGUCAUCUACUGUCUUGGAGGCUAUGAUGGGAUUAACAUCUUGAACUCCGUGGAGAGGUAUGACCCGCACACUGGACACUGGACACAUGUCACACCGAUGGCAACCAAACGCUCAGGAGCAGGAGUGGCUCUGCUGAACGACCGUAUCUACGUGGUUGGUGGCUUUGACGGAACAGCCCAUCUUGCAUCAGUGGAAGCGUAUAACAUUCGCACAGACUCGUGGGUGAUAAUAACAAACAUGACAACACCUCGGUGCUAUGUAGGAGCAGCAGUACUCCGUGGGAGGUUAUAUGCCAUUGCAGGGUAUGACGGGAAUUCUUUGUUGAGCAGCAUCGAGUAUUAUGACCCUGUCAUUGACAGCUGGGAUAUAGUAACUUCAAUGGGAACUCAACGCUGUGAUGCUGGUGUGUGCGUGCUGCGGGAGAAGUGAUGGACUAACCAAGAACAAGAGGAGCAGCCACGCAGGAGACUAGUCUCGGCAAUGAUUUAUUUUUGCCCUCAGUUGUGCCGUUUGAUUCAAAGUGCAAUAUUUGGACUUAAAUGUAAAUCUUUCCAUAAAUAAGCAGUAGUUUGCACAGAAAAGUAGUUCUGCAGCCCAGAAUCUAUAUUAAAUGAGAGAGUUGGAAAACUG